AUGCCGGCAAGAAAGUGGUAUGUAUCCAUCGACAUUCUCCUAAAAGCCCUUUUGUUUGCCGGUGGUUUUGCAGGGGCCACACCUUACUUCUUAGUAUACGGCACUGAAGCUGUGAUACCCGCCGAAGUUGAGAUACCUUCCCUAAGGAUCAUCCAAGAAGCAAAGUUGAGUGAUGCUGAUUGGAUACAAGGUCGGGCAGAGAAUUUGGCAUUAAUAGAUGGAAGAAGAAUUAACGCCAUUUGUCAUGGUCAGCUCUAUCAGAAUAGAAUGGCCAGAGCUUUCAACAAGAAGGUUAAACCCAGACAUUUCUCACCUGGGCAACUGGUUUUGAAGCGGAUUUUUCCAAAUCAAGACGAGGCAAAGGGUAAAUUUUCACCAAAUUGGCAAGGUCCGUACAUAGUCUCUCGAGUACUGACAGGCGGAGCCCUCAUACUUGCAGAAAUGGAUGGAGAAGUUUGGCCAAAACCUAUCAAUUCAGAUUCUAUGAAAAAGUAUUACAUCUAG